AUGCGCCGUUUCCUGGUCAUCGUUCUUGCCUCCUUCCUGGCGUCCCUCGGCCUGGCCGCGGAUUACCACGAACAGCUCAACCUCCGGCCGCUGCCCCUUUCUGCGUUGCUCGCGAGCUUUAACUUCCGGUCCAACACGUCGCUUUCCGAUUUCGAGUCGCAGAACUUUCGAUACUUUCCCCGGUCGCUCGGUCAGAUAUUGCAAUAUGCCGGCACGCGAGAGUUGCACCUGAGAUUCAGCUUGGGACGAUGGGACUCCGAGAGCUGGGGGAGUCGGCCGUGGGAUGGACAGCGCGAGGGCGGGACGGGCGUGGAGCUGUGGGCAUGGCUCGAGGCCGAGACGGACGAGGAGGCCGAUCAGAAGUGGUUGACGCUCACCAAUGCACUCUCGGGUCUCUUCUGCGCAUCGCUCAACUUCGUCGAUGGAACCCGCACCACCCGACCCGUCAUGUCAUUUCAGCCCGAGGGUGACCACCCCGAGGCCUCUAUUCCCAACAUGCAGCUCCUGCACGGCGUUCUCCCGAAAGAGGUGGUCUGCACAGAGAACUUGACUCCUUUCCUGAAGCUUCUUCCCUGCAAAGGAAAGGCCGGCAUCUCGAGUCUCCUGGACGGUCACAAGCUCUUCGACUCUUCGUUCCAGAGCAUGGCCAUUGACAUCAAGCCCGUGUGUCCCCAGGGCAAGGAGUGCAUUCUGCAGAUCGAACAGACCAUCGACAUGGUUCUCGACAUUGAUCGAUCGAAACGCCCGAGAGAUAACCCGAUUCCUCGCCCGCCGCCAGCGCACGAGCUUAAGUGCGACACCACGAAACCCUACCACUCCGAUGACACGUGUUAUCCGCUUGGCCUCACCACCGGUCAAGAAUGGACGCUGUCCCAGCUGUUUGGCAAGUCGAUCAAGGGAACAUGCCCCUUGACAGACGACGAUGUGCCUCCAGUGUGCAUCGAAGUCCCUCACUCGAGAGGCGUCUUCACCUCUGGCGGCGCUACCGAGAUCCUGAACCCGAACGGCGUAUCGCGAUGCUUCAAGAUUGGCCCAGAGUCGGAACUCGAGAUCGUCCUCCCUCUCGAGGACAAGGAAGGUCAGGAUCCGACCAAGGAACUCGUCGAGCCGCCAACGCCUCUCAUCUAUGCCGAGCGCAGUUUUACUGGACACGGGCAAGAGCAUGGCGGCAUGCAGGCCAUCCUUACGAACCCGAGCAAGGAUACCGAGGUUGAGUUCAUCUAUAUGGAAUCUCUGCCGUGGUUUAUGAGGGUCUACCUCCACACUUUGAACGCUCGCAUUGAAGGAUCCGCUGGUUCGCAGCCGUCCAUCGUCGAGGACAUAUAUUAUCGCCCGGCCGUCGACCGUGCCAGAGGCACGCAGCUCGAGCUGCGCAUGCGGAUCCCUCCCGCCUCCACCGUUUUCCUUACUUAUGAUUUUGAGAAGUCAAUCUUGCGUUACACCGAAUACCCCCCCGACGCCAACCGUGGCUUCGACAUUGCUGCGGCCGUCAUUACCACGCUGAGCCCGCGUACGCAGAGCACGCGCACCACGACCCUGCUGCUGAAUCUUCCCACGCCAGACUUCAGCAUGCCAUACAAUGUCAUCAUCUUCACCUCAACGGCGAUAGCCCUCGCCUUUGGCGGGAUGUACAACAUCCUAGUUCGCAGGCUGGUUGGCGCUGACGAAGGCCCCAGUCCGGUGCUCAAGGCCAAGAUUGGCGCACUCUUGGGAAAGCUCAAGGGUUUGCUCUCCAGAAAAUAG